AUGGACCGACUAGAGUCAUUAACGAACGCUGUCUCGCAGAUCACACUGUACGACAUCAAGUCUAUGUACAAUCAGGCAAAAAAUGUCGUCCUCAACGUUACGGAAAUGGAGGCUAAAGUGCGGGAGGCUACCAAUGAUGACCCUUGGGGAGCAAGCUCGACAUUAAUGCAAGAUAUAGCGCAAGGGACCUUCAAUUUCCAACAAUUCAACGAAAUCAUGCCUUGCAUAUACGCCCGGUUUAUGGAGAAGGAGGCACGGCAAUGGCGACAGAUCUACAAAGCUCUUCAACUCCUUGAAUACAUCAUCAAGCAUGGAAGUGAACGCGUUGUUGAUGACGCUAGAUCCCAUAUCUCUACCAUCAAGAUGCUAAGAAAUUUCCAUUACAUUGACGAGAAGGGGAAGGACGAGGGGAUUAAUGUUCGCAAUCGUGCCAAGGAACUCGUUGAGCUCUUGUCGGACGUAGAGAAAAUACGCACGGAACGACGAAAGGCGAAGGCCAACAAACAUAAGUAUACUGGCACUGGCAAUGACGGCUUUGGGGGCGGAGGAAUGAGUUUCUCUAGUGGUGGCAGUCGCUACGGUGGGUUUGGAAGUGAGACAAUGGGAUAUGGUGGCAGCGGUGGCAGCGGUGAUCGUGACUACGGCUCCUAUGGAGGUUCCAGUAGCAGUGGUGGAUUCAGAGACGACACACGUAGGGGUGGGUUCGAAGAAUACAACGCUGGUGAUGACGAAGAGGUGAACCCACGCGCCUCUACGUCUAUACGGACCCCUACGCGCUCGUCGACUGCAUCCUCUGUCACCGCGAAGGCGAAGGCACCUGCACCCGCGCCCGUUCAAGAAGUUGAUCUACUUGGCGGGUUUGGAGAUGACGAUGCGUUUGCUACUCCUGCUCCUGGUUUUUCCGUAGACAAGGCGCUCCCCGCUGUCGCGGCCCCUGCAGCUCAAGCUGCACACGUUAGUCUUGAUGAUGACGAUUUUGCAGAUUUCCAAGCUGCUCCUGUGUCUCCAACGGCCGCAACUAUGAGCACAACACCCGCACCGGCGAUGACUGCCAAACCUAACCUAAUGCAGAUGUUGGGUCAGACCGCCACUCGCCCCGCUAUCGCAUCUUCGCAGCCAACUAUACCAAUGCAGCCGGCGUUCAAUGGGAUGGGGAUGGGGAUGGGUGGCAUGGCCGCGGGCUCGGGUCACCGACAGAAUCUCUCCGGGUCCUUCAGUCCCGCAGCCCAAACUACAGCACCAAAUUACUUUGGCGGUGCUCCUAUAAAGCCUUCUACAACACCUGCCAUGACGCCUGUCGCAAUGAAUCCAUCUCGACCAGGAGUUACCUCUGCAGCAAUGACGCCCACCUCGACCUCUUCAAGUAAGGGUGGAGCCAACUUUGACGAUCUGUGGUCGAUGUCCCUCGGAUCGUCAGCGAAGCCCGCCACUAGUACUGCGUCGCAGAGCAAGUCGAUCAAGGAUUUGGAGAAGGAAAAGGCUAUGGCUGGGUUGUGGGGAGCUGGUGGAAAGCCUCCUGCUAUGGGGGGUUCCUCUGCAUUCGGUAACUUUGGCAGUGCUACGGGCGGGUCGGGUGCUGCUAACAACGGCGACGAUGACCUGCUGCUGUAA